AUGCUGUACUUAUCGCCGGAAAAACACAACUAUACAACGAUCCAUCUUAUUAGCCAAAUCUAUGGUCACGUUUUGAGAAGGAGGAACGUGCUAUACGAAAGAGAGAAGAAUUCAACAAUACAACGGAAAUCAAUCAACAAUAUAUUUGCCAUCGUUAGUCACCACAUUGGUCCUCCUAACUGGGAGGUCAGUGAUCCUUUCCUCAACGCUGCGAGGAUGGCACUCGGAGUCAGCGACCGUCCGUCUAACGUCAUCGAACUUGAUAAGGCUUUUUCAAGUACUAAAUUCCUGAAGGAAUCAACGAUAAAAGACACUCGGAAAGGACACACAAAACCUGAGCGGUACACUUUACUGCGUCCUACGAUAUCAUCAAGAUGCCUAAGGCAACAGGCGGAACAUGUUUUUGGAAUGGAAAAAAGUAAAGAAGAAAAAGUGCGACAACUCGUCCUCACGGUUCCCUGUUCGCAUAGAAGCAACCGCUUGUCGUGGUGGGAACGGUGA